AUGAUGAAGGCCGCGAGAGAGCGUUUGGGACUAUCUUUGUCGGUGUCUACGGCAGAACAAACACCGGGCGCCAAAGUCCAGCACCAGUGUAAGAUUCAGGCUACGUCAGAGGGAGACGUUGCUCGCCGAUACAAGCUCGGCGGGAUGGUCAUGGAGUCAACCAACAGAGGGAUGGAGGUCCUCUGGGCCACGCGACUGACCGACGGCAAGGAGUGUGUUGUCAAGACCCGGCAAAAGGGGAUAUCAUUCAAAAGCGCAACAGAGGAAAGGAACUGGCGCAGCACGACUGAGGUUCAAAUGAGCAUGCCGAAGAUUGACAAGCUAUGUCAGAUAUACGAGGUUCUGGAAACACCAGAAAGAUACCUGGUGAUCAUGGAAAAGGUUGAAGGAAAGGACCUCUUUGAGCAAAUGGAGGAGUCGGAGCUGAGCCACAUAGAUGCGAGAGAAGUGGUGCGUCAAACGCUGGAAGCCCUGAAGAUAAUGCAUGCGAGUGGACGCAUCCACAAGGAUCUCAAGGCUGAAAACGUAAUGGUGGACUUGCCCAGCCCAGGAUCAGAGAAGGCAAAGGCCAACCAAAUGAAUCGCUUAAAGGAUGGUGGUGAUGCUCAGAGUCCAGCGAGUGUCAAGCUCAUCGAUUUCGAUACUGUCGAAAACUGGGAGCCGCACAGCCCCAAAGCCAAGGACGUUCUUGGCACAGACGGCUACAUCGCACCAGAAGCAUACUUGGGCUCGUACUCUCCAGCUUCUGACAUUUAUUCACUUGGAGUGGUGAUGUACAAGCUGGUCACUGGCAGAUUCCCGAGCCGGGAAGACAUGUUCGACGACCAGCCGGGUGAAAACUGGGUUGGAAGUCCAGCUAUGAAGAGGAUCCACGAACGUUUGAAGAAGGCAAAGAUAGAUUAUUCACGUCCGCCUUUUGAUCGGUGUCCAGAAGCUGCGGAUCUUUGUUCGCGCAUGUUGGCCUUCGAGCCUAUGGACCGGCCAUCAGCGGAAGCAGCUCUGAAACAUGCUUACUUUAUGCUGGACGGUGCGAAGCUGCCAAAAAGAAGGUAA